UAUUCGGUAGUGCUCUUUUGUGGUAAAAGUAAAGAAUUAGGAAAGUGUUUUACCGUGUGUAUGUGUAAUGUGAAAAAAUUGUGAAGUGAAAAUUUAAAAGAAGUAUCAAGUGAAGAUAAAAUAAGCAAACGCCUUAAAAUCGUGUUAUUGGUAGAAUAUCAUUAAAAUACCUCUCGUCUGGAAAUGAAAAUAUAAAGUGAAAAGUUAAAAAAUGUAUAAAAUUGCUAAAAAUUAGAAUCGGAAACGAAAGAGCUCAACGCACGCAAGCACACAUACACAAAUGAACACGUACACAAACAUAAGAACCAAUGUAAAGAUGGAACUAAAAAAUUUUCACAAUCUUUCUACAUGAUUUAUUGACCAAGAAAGAAUAUAAAGAAAUAAUGAAGUAAAAUGUAGAAGACGAAAACGAAUACAAGUGAAAUAAAACGUAAUGUAUCUAUAUUUUUAGAUAAAACAAAACUGCGAUUAAAAAAAUUAAAUUAUAAUUAAAAAUUAAAAUCGCAGUGGUGCAACAACUGUUUGCACUAAGUGUCGGCGGUGGAGGUGUUACAUGUACAUACAUAGCAUAUAUACCUAGUUUGUUUUCGUAAAGUGGUUUUCUAAUGAGCAAACAAAAUGCCUUGAACUUACUCACAUAAGGAUGUUAUACGAAAGCAGAUAAUAUUUAAGUAACCGAAGCAAUAAUUGUAACAACAGCUUAACAUACAAACAAACAAGAAAAUUUUAACAUCGGAACAAAACUCAAGGAAUCAUUAAAAUAGCUAAUUAAUUGUUUAAAAAAGCGUGAAGUAAUAUAUAAAUGGUUUCUACUUUUAUCGGGCUAUUGGACAUUCAAUCAUGGUGGGAGAUACCGUGCAUAUCUCAUUUUUGUUCAUUGUUUAGUUCCGCUUUUGACUUGCCCGACAUCGAUAUCGAGGAUCUUGAGUCGGCGCUGUUGUCGGAUGGUACGGAUGAAGACCAAAUUGCGCUUGUUCCCGAGUUAAUUGUGCGUUUAUUAAAGGGAUGCGAUGCACUAAAGUCGGUUGCAAAAGAAAUAACCCAUAGCAAUUAUCAAAUGUUCUUAAGGCGUUUUCUACGCCAACAGUGUCGCAUACACAAUACCGAAAACCACUUUGAUACGGACAUUGACUUUCAGUCACUGCCGGUGCGCAAACGUUUACAAAUACUACACGAUUUAUGCCACUUUCGUCUCGACUCUUGCGACGUACAAGUUAUACUAAGUAAUUUGGAAGCGGAUAGCUUGCGUGUUGAACCGCUCGGAUACGAUUCGAAAAAUUCCGGCUAUUGGUAUUUCUAUGGCACGCGAUUAUAUCGCGAGGAUAAGCCAGCAUCGUCUUUGAAUAGUUACAGUGGUAUUGGUGGUAGUAAAUCAACGACCACAUCACUGAAUGGCAAGGGAAGCGAAAGCGCUAAAGGUGCCAUUUGGCAAGUAAUUUGUUUUACCGAAGAGGAUUGGCAAAAUUUAGCCAGCAAGUUCAAAUCUUCAACAAAUGCAAAAGAGCGUGAAUUAUAUCAGAUAUUAGAUGAGAAUUUUCUGCCGAAAUUGCCGCAACUGUUUCGCGAACGAGAACGUUUGAGACGUAGAAAACUACUUCAAGUACGCAAUUCGACACGCAUACGUAAUAUCGUCGAGCUAAAAGCGCGCCAAGAGCAGGAACGUUUAUUGCGAGAACGUCAACGCUAUCAAUUCGAGCCGCCAACGAAUCUGAAACAUCAGCAGUUGUCGUCAGUACAGAGCAGAGCAAGAAGACGCUCUCAAUCUACGUCGACCGCCAGUGGCAUCUCCACAUACGCCAGCUCCUUACGCCGCACAGCCACGACAAACUCCAGCGAGUUUCUCUGUCAUCGUGAAACAUUUUGUCUCACGCCGGAGGGUGAAGAGGAAGAACUUGACAACAAUAACGAGAACGAAAACGAAAACGGCAGAGAGCACCAAACGGCCGAUUGUUAUAGUGCACAGCAGCUUGAGGUCAAUCAUAACACACCUGUUGAUUGUGCAACCGGCGGUGUUGUAAGCACAAUUGAUUCGGUUCCAAAAGAUUAUUCGCUUACACCCGAUCAUUGUUUGCCAAACCAACAGUUGCUUUUACAAAAUAUCAAAGUUGAGCCACAAGACGACGAAAGAGAAUAUGGUGUGAAUCCUCAAAUUUCAACUGCGUACAAUAACGUCUCCGUGUUCGCACUGCAGAAAGCAGAAAUUGAGCACCACUUUCCUCUGCGCUGUGAUCAGUUGGAGUUAACGGUGCAGCAACCGUUAGAUGGCACACAAUUCACUUCACCGGCUCAGUUGGUUCCUGCUAAAGUGAAAAAGUCGCAUCACAAGAAGAAGAAGUCGCAAAAGAAACAGAAGAAGAAAUCUCGCGAGCAUAGACGUCGUCGCAAGCAUGUCACCGAUGCAAGUGACAACAACGGUAACAACGUUGACGCUUACAACACUGAUCAAGUUCGUGCAAUAACAAAAGACAUAGAAGAAGUUGUAGCAGCAGACAUAACACCAAAACAGAGUGCUAGCAGCAGUAGCAACAGUAGCAGUAAUAGUAAUACUAAUAGCCAAAGCAGCAAUAGCAACAACAAAUCACCCAAAACACGGAGCAGUCACAAUAGCAAAAAUCAACACACGCGAUCGCAAACGCAAAGUCACAGCAACGGCCAACAUAGCAGCAACCACGUACUUACGCAUAUACCUUCGCUGAGUCCCGAGGAUAAGGAGAACUUCUGUCGACAAUUUACCGGUGACGCAUCUGCAACUGGUGAAUUACAUGAAUUGUCCGCCGCGGUCGCUGUUGAUGCACUGGGUGAUACUACAGGCGCUGUAGGCACUGGCACGCAGCACAUAACAACCACCAUCAUAAAAAAAGAGGUGGGCGUAGGAGUUGUACAUGAUAUGGCACCAACCAGCAAUAUGAAAUUGCCCGGCAGACAAACCAACAACUCACUCUCAUCGUUGACCGGCAACAUAUUCAUACCGUCCGCUUUGCGUGAAGACGCAACAACAGUUGCGACAGUGGAGCGUGCAGAAAGCAAGUCUAAGUCAUCGUCGGGAUCAGGGAACAGUGCGGGUCACAAGAAGCAUCAUAAACAUAGUGGGUCUGCAUCGGUGUCGAAUGCCUCCUCUGAUGCCAGUGUGACGGCGGAGAAAAAUCAUGGCAGUGGCGGUGGUGGGCAUAAGAAAAAAAUGGCGGCAGCCGCAGCAGCAGCCGCGGCAGCGGUGGCGGCAACGACAACAACGUCUGUUAGUGCGAAGUCAUCGUCGCAGAACUCGGAUAAAAGCGCAGAUGAAAAUGUAUUUAGUAAAAAUCGCACCACCACCACAACCACCUCAAACACCAAAAACUCAACCUCAGCAACCAUCACUACCACCACAACCUCAAGUACCAAAAUCACUUCAAAUCAUACCGCCUCGACUGUGUUUAGAAAUGCGUCGCAUGGUGCAGAAGCAGCCGUAGUCACAACCACAACAGCAACAGCAGCAAAAACAUUUGUGUCAACGUCGUCGUCAGGCGCCAAUACAAUGGCGACAGCAGUGACUAAAUGCUAUUUGAAACAUGCUAACAAUCAAAACCAAAGUUCUCACAAAACUACUAAUCAAAAUUAUUUAACAUCCCAAUCCAAUAAUUGCUCCAAUUCAUCUGUCAAUUACCAUCAACAUCAUAAUCAUAAUCAAAAUCAUCAUCACAUCCCAAACCAUAACUAUAACCAUAAUCAUAACCGCUAUCAUCACCAAUAUACGCACCAAACGCACGCUUCCCAUUUCCCAAUGCAUUCCUGUGCCACCAAUCAAUUGACAUCAACAUCGUUGAACGCCUUUAAUUAUGCUUCCAAAAAUUCCACGAAUACGAAUUUUCUCAGUUUCACCGAAACGGAAGAAGUACUACAAAUCGGUAUGCACAAAGUGCUCGUCUAUGUGAAGAACCACCGCGAUGCCUGGCCUUUUAUGGAUCCCGUUGAGGAGGAUAUAGCGCCACGAUAUUAUUCCAUUAUACGAAGACCAAUGGAUCUCUUAAAGAUGGAAGACAAACUGGACAGCGGCAAAUACAAUAAAUUUAGUGACUUUCGCAAUGAUUUCAAAUUGAUUGUGAACAACUGUCGCCUCUACAAUGGCCACAACAAUGAAUACACCGAAAUGGUAAAUAACUUGCAAGAGGCGUUCGAUAAGGCCACCAAAAAAUACUUUGAUAAUUUAUCAGACGAUGAGGAGGACGAUCCUAGUUUGGGUUAUCCGGCAGCUGAUUCCAAGAUGAAUGUCUUCCGUGAGAAAUACUUCAAUAAAAAGUCUUCGAAGGAUGCAAGUAGCGAUAGUCAGAGCAUAACAACGGAUGCGGAAAAAAAUGCUGUGGAUAAAACCAUACAGAAAAAGAAAAGCAGCAAAAAACAUGCGCACUCUCAUUCCCAUGAAUCCGUAAUACCGAUAAAUAAAGACAAAUAUGCUGAUACUGCGGACGAAGACUUUGAUGAAGGGAAUGGUGGUGGUGGUCCAGAGCAACGUGGCACAAAGCGAAAGCGUAAAGAAAAGGAUAAACGACGCAAGAAGAAAUCGAAAACCAAAACAGCAAUGGUGGAAAAACAUGGCACAGAUGAUGAAGAUGACCUCGAAAUGGAGGAAAAUGUGGCCAAUGAAGAUAUACAUGAAGAUCUGGAACACGAACAGAGCACCAAAAAGAGUAAAAGUAAACAAACGAAAGACUCAUCAAAAAAAGGAAAGAAAAGUAAAGAUAAAAGCGAAAAAUCCUCCAAAUCAACAAAUAAGUCUUCAAAAGGCAAAAGUGAUAGUGGAAAAUCAAAGAAGCUGGGUAAAAAAAGCAGUAAAUCAAGAAGUCAUAACUCUGAAGAUUCGAUUAUGUCAGAGGACGAAGAGCUAGAGACCGCAUUGGAGCCAGAGCCGAAACCACAGCCGGAGCUUGAUGAGCAAUCGGAUAUGGAGCCUGAGCCGGAAACUGAAGAUGACGCCGAUGAUGAUGAUGAUGAGAGUUUUGAAUAUCCUGCUGCUAAAAAGACCAAAAAUAAGGCAAGCAAAGAGAGUAAAUCGCAUACUAAAUCUAGUACUACCGCUGGGCAUAAGAAAAAGACUACACCAAAUAAAUCAAAUCAGAAGCAGUACACAUCCAACAAGCAUCAAAAGGGUAAAUGCAAGAGCAGCAAAUCGAAGGCAAAGUCUAAAACGGCACAAGCCAAUAGCGAUUGCGAGAGUGACAGUGAAACAGAGAAGCUGCUAAAGAAAAAAUCAAAUGUCAAUAAGGAUAUGCCACCACCAGCCGUGGAUGCGCUUGCCGCAUCGGCUUCUGAGUUGGAGGAGGAGGUAAUCGAUGACGAUGAUGAUUCGCGUUCGCGCAGUAUGUCACCGUUUAAGGUGGAUCUGCAUAAGAAAUAUUCCAAAAGUGCACUUAACGAUGAUCUCUGCGAUUUACUGACAACAGUCAAAAAAGUCCCCGGCAGCACAACGGCAAUAAAUUCGAACCAAAAGCAUACCGCGGUUAUUGACGAUGAAGAGGAUGAUUUCAAGUCUUUAUCUAGUCGUAGCUCAACUCCAGUACGUGGCUCCAGCGAGGAGCGCAAGACACAAAGCGCACCUAAGAAGAAUGUACGUAGUACGAAAAAAGAUGAGCCACAAAGUAAAAGUGGAGCGACAAAUGCUAGUAAAAAGAACGCCGAAAUUGAUGAAGCGGCGGCGGCAGAGGCAGCAAAACAAGCCGAGUUGGAGAUGUUGUUGCCUUUCUUGGAUAAAUAUGAGCUGAUUAAGUAUCGACGUAGUCGAGCGAACAAUUUGCAACAGACCGCAGCACAGAAUACAGUUGAAGAUGGCCAGAAAAGUGGGCGAGGUCGUUCGAAAGAAAGCGCUGCCAAGAAGAAGGACACAGCCAAAGCUGUAGAAAAAUCAGUUGACAAGACCAACGGAGAAAAUGCUAAGCCGCGCAAAAACAAUAAGAAAGCCAAAAAGAACACGAGCGCAAAGGAAGUGAAAGAAAUAUCUGACACUGAUGAAAUCAAAACGCCGCCGAAAGAGGAGAAAAGUACGAAAACUGAUGAGAAAACGUCUGCCAAAGCAUUGAAGUUACCUAUGAAAACCGAGAUAGCAGUUGAAGAACACAAUGAUAACCCAGCGAGCAAUAAUAUUUCUCAGAAUAAAAGUGUUAAAAGUAUAGAAAAGAAACCGGUUAUAACGUCGGAUAAACCGGCAUCAAAACGAAAGGAGAAGCCUAAACCGGAACCAACAGCUCCUGUAGUACAAGAGGAAGAACCACCAAAAAAGACCACUGAAAAGCCAGUAGCACCAGUGCCGCCCAAAAAAGCUUUGCAAAAGAAGGCCGCCGCCAGUGCUGCUGCCAACAAGAAGGCUAACAAUAAGCCAACCGGCAGCGCUGUGUCGAAUAAGACGUCUUCCACCAACAUUGAGGCACUAGAUGUCGAAACUGAGCAGACGCUUAAAGACAUCAAUCGUUGGCUGGAGCAUACGCCACGUUUUUCGGAGUUUAGCUCGGCAAGCAACUCGCCUUCACGCUACAAUCUGGAUGAGUUUGAUGCAGCAAUACCCGCCAAAUUAGAACCAGCCGACUUUCGACGUCCAGUACCGAUUGCGCCACCUAAAAUCGAUUUAGUGCCCACGAAGCUUGCAGAUGUUCUAGUUGAUUUAGUGGCCGAUGGUGACGCAGUAGUUGCCGGUGGCCUUAAGAAAGAAGUGAUCUCAGAGUUAAUAACUACCGGCACCGUAGGUAGCGCGAUAGGCGGCACAGCGAGCAGUGUAAGCUCGAGUUGUGGCACACCACCACAUUCGGUAACGUCUGUCAAUUCAGUUGGGAGCACGUCAGCAAAUGCUUCAUCCAAUAACUCGGUUGUUACAGCACCAUCGAUAUCAUCAAUUGCAUCUGCAUCCGCUGCGAAUCAACCUACUUUGCUGAUACCACCACCACCCGCCACAGUUGCGCCAGCCUUGACUGCUUUGGCUCCACCGAAACCCAAAGAGCCCAGCACUACCCAAUUAUUGUUGAAUCCGCCACCUCCGCCACACAUUAAAAACCAAUUGGCUAAGGAAGCCAAGCGAAAAUCGCUGAAAGAGAAGCUGCAAGCGGCUGCCAAUCCACGGCGCAAAGACUUACUGCGCACAAUCGAACGUUUGCAACCGGGAAAAGCCAAAGGUAAUCUUUUGCAGAAUCUAAAUAAACCUGACGAGCAUUUCCCUUUGGGUCCCGUGGCGGCUAAAACGAAAGAAGUGAAAAAUGCGUUGAUUGUAGACACCGGUGAUAAUGCGCCCAAACUAAGCCUGGGUACGGUUAUAAAAACCGAUGACUUUGCCUUGGGGCAAUCACAUAAUUUCAUCGACGAAUUGGCUAGUAAAACUGAGGCAAAAUCAAUGAAUAACACAGAGAAGGAAGCUGAGGAGAAAUCGGGAAAAAGCAGCUCUGCGCUUGAAAUAAUUUCGCCUUUCACACCAAAAGUGCCAGUAACGGCUGCUGCAGAUUCUGAGGUGGCGUCUGAAAAGAAGGCUACUGAAGUGUCUGGCAGCGACUAUACGAAACCUUUUGAAAAACUGUUGGAGAAUAAAUCUGCAGCAAAUGCGGAUUCGGCCAGCGGUGCAGUCGCAAAGGAAAAACCCAAUUUAAGUGCUUGGUUAAAGGCCUUUGGUGUACCAAAGAAAGCUAAAAAAUCGGAGGAGGAAGAGAAGCAGCAACAACAACAGUCAGAUGCCAAUGAAUCGGCCUCCAGUGCAGGUGUUGGUUCCAGCUCGACAAAGUCGAAUGAUGGCGCUGCGUCAGCGUCAAUAUCCUCGACUGGUGCCACCGCUGCAAGUAGAUCUCCCACUUCGACUUCGAUUACCGGUGGUGUCGACUUUUCCUUACCAUCGGCUCCAAGGCAGCGUAAAGCCAGCACUGGUAGCACCAUAUCCGAGCGUUCUUCGUUCAGUCAGGACCCCGAUUCGCCGCGUAUAGCAAUCGAUGAACGUUACGGCUCCUAUGCGGGUGCAAAUUACACUUCGCCAAUUGGUGCUUCACCAAUCGGUGCAUCACCGAUAAUGGUUUCACCGAAACCCGAUGAAAUUACCAAGCCUACCUCACCCUAUCCAUUGAAUGGCGCUAUUAAGGCGGGUUUCUAUCAAGACACCACUACUAAAAGCAGUCCUGAUAAAAGUUGUAGCCCACGUGAAAUGCCUUCACCAUAUCCUCAAUACUCACAACAUAUAUACUCAUCGGCUUCAUCGCCAAAUGUUUCAACACCGGAAUUAAGUGGUACAUCACCGUAUGGUGGUGCAAAUAGUUAUAAUCCAUCUGGUUCUGAAGCUUCCAAAACGCCCGUUUACUCAUCCACCUCACCACUGCCGAACCUCUACGAUCAGUACAAGCAACCACGUUCGCAAGAAUCCGAUUAUAACUCAUCGAUGAGUCCGAGUACGCCAAACCCAAAUUCACCAUAUCAGCAGCCGCAAAGCUCACCAUACACCACGCAGUCGCAUCAAUCACCAUACCACCAUCCGAAUUCACCGUAUCAUCAGCAACAGCACUCACCUUUCCACCAACCGACACACAGCAGCCCAGCACACACAUCAUCCAAUGCAACACCUGCAUUGCCGGUUGGUGCUACCUCGGUCCACUCGCCUCUGCAUCAGCAACCGCAUAGCCCUAUGACUAGUAGUGUAGAUUCUCCUGCUUCGUCUGCUGCCACACAACCGCCUACACCAUUGGCACAUUCUCCGGCUGAUCAACCACAUUCGCCCUACCAACAGCCAAUGAAUUCGCCGUAYCAAUCGCAAGUGCCGCAGCCGCAAAAUCAACCGACUCAGACACAGCAGCAGCAGCAGCAGCAGCAGCAACAACAGGCGCAGCAAAAUGCAAAUGCAAAUGCACUCUCACCAUACAGCCAAAGUAGUAUGAGUCCCUCACCAUAUCAGGCACCUGUCGGCACUCCGGAGUCCUUGAACUUCAAUCAAAUAACACAAAAUGCAGAUGUUGGUAAGGUUGCACCGGUGGCUACGUCCGCACCAGCAGCAGAACCGAGUGUUGCGAACAACAAUACUAAUAAUAACAGCAACAACAUUGGCUCCAAUGUUCCUAGUGCAACGGCGGUGCCGAGUUAUGUGCCAACGCCACAUGACCUCUAUAAUGCUUCGUCACAGCCACAGGCGAUGAUACAACAACAGCAACAACAGCAGCAGCAACAACAACAGCAACAGCAGCAGACGGACAACUUGCGUGCUCUUUACGGCUCCGCACUUAGUUCUGCCGCUGCGUCCAUUUUGGAUGGUGCAAAGCAUACGGAUUGGAGCAUGGCAGGCGUGCAACAGUUGCAGGGCCAAAUGCAGCAACAGCAACAACAAACACAUCAGCAGCAACAACAACAGCUUCUGCAGCAGCAGCAGCAGCAGCAGCAUAAGCAACAGAAUGCUCAACAACAAUUGCAACAACAACAACAACAGUUGCAGCAACCACAAUCUCUGCAACAGCAGCAAUCGCAAACUCUGCAACAGCAACAACCACAAACUCUGCAACAGCAACAACCGCAAACGCAACAACAGCAACCACCAAAGCCGCAAUAUCCUACUUAUGCUCAAUAUCAGUCGAAAGCAGCUGCUGCAGCCGCCGCUGCUGCCGCUUCCACCAACAAAGAAAUGCCCGUUGCAGAUAAGACAGAUGCCGAUAAGCGACAAAACGCCACACUCAGCUACGGUGACAAUUCCGCCAACGAUAUGGUGGCAUUUAUGCAACACAUGCACCAACAAGCGCAGGCACAUAAAAACUCAAUGACUGCCAUAUCGACGGCUACGGCCUCCAGUUCGGCGUCUCAAGCCUCGACCACGGCUCCAAGCACUGCGGCGGUGAAUUCCACAAACACAAACACCAACUCCCUCAAGCGUACAGCUGAAGACAUGCUUGGCAUGGAUUAUAGCGGCACGGGUGCAGGCAGCACAGCCAACAAACUGCAAAAGUGCGACAAUAAUACCGGCUUGCAACAGCAAGUGUCGCAGUUGUCAACGCAGAUUAGCAAACAACAACAAAUGUUCGACAGCUUUUUGGGCGCCAUGCCGUUUGGCAAGCACUUAGGCAGUAUUACGCCGGAUAAGGCGUUCGAAAUGUAUAAUCGUGCGGCAUCGAUGGGGUUUCCCAAAGAUUAUGCAAAGGAUAAUAGCUGUCAAAUGCAACAACAGCAGCAGCAACAUCAUCAACAACAACAACAAUCACAUCAGCAAUCAAAUUCUGCUAGCAGCCAACAGCAACCGCAGCACCACCAGCAGUUGCAACAGCAGAAGCAGGCUCAACAAUUACAACAACAAUCACACAAUCAGCUGCAACAUGGUCAACAGCAACAGCAGAGCCAGCACCAUCAACAGUUGCAACAUAAUCAGCAUGCGCAACAGCAGCAAAGCCAAACCCAACAUUUAUCCAAGUCGGGCAUGGAAAGUAUAACAGCCAGUUUGCUAAAUAAACCCUUAAAUUAUGGGGCGAGUAGUUUACAGCAGCAACAACAGCAGUUAGGCCGUGCUCAGCAAAUAAAUCAGAGUUAUUCAGCACAGGCGCAGCAAUCGCAAGCAUCACAGCCACAACAACAACAGCAGCAACAUAAUACGCAGCAACAUAAUACGCAGCACCAACAGUUGUCUGCUAAAACGGCUGCAUCCACCGCGUCAGCGUCGGUUCCGGGAACAACGCUUGACGCCAGCAACAUGCUGAACAUGUCCAGCCACCAUUUGACGCAUCACCUUUCGGCCUAUAACAAGCCGACGCCACCGCCACCACCAACGCAGACGUACAGCAAUCCGGCUGCCUCAUUGCUGCAUCCUUUGGCCGAGAGUUUAUUCGGCUUGUCGUCGGCCAGCGCCGGUUUUUACGACAAAAAUAUGCCGCCAGCGGCUCACAUGUACAAUGCAGCGGGUGGCGCGAAAAAUCUCACAACUUCGCAGCUGUACUCGAACCCUGCGUCCAUCGCGGCCAUGAGUGCGAGCGCCGCCAGUAUGUACGGCAAUCCGCAGCAACUUUCGGCUGCUGCGGCGGCGUCCAAUACGUACGGUGUGCCGAACACCAAUUCCAGUUGCAGUAACAAUUCCGGCAAUCAGCAGCAACAGAGUGCAACUGCUGUCGCAGAGGCUGCCAAGCCGGUGGCGCCCGUAGUGCAGGCGCCAGCCAAGCGUGGGCGCAAAAAGAAGGCGUCAACGAUUGCCGCAGAGGCGGCAGCGGCAGCUACAGCAGCUGCUAAACUUCAGCAGCAACAACAACAACAGCAGCAGCAACAGCAACAACAGCAGUUGCAGCAACGCCAGCAGCAGCAACAACAGCAAUUGCAGCAACAACAGCAACAUCAGCAGCACCAACAACAACAGCAUCAGCAACAGAUGACGCAAAAUCACCUGCACGCCUCCCAAUACAACACAGCGGCGGCACAUAUGUCGCAAUUGUCCAGCACCGCUUCCAUAGCUUCAGCACAGCCUGCCCACCAAAGUUCCAGCGGAGUGCCUGCACAUUUGCAAGCGCACGCGCAAGCACUCCAACAAGGUUUUCCACUCUACGCUGGCCUAAAAACCGGUGGCGUUGGUUCACCGCUUGCCACGUCUGGCACUUCCAAUUCCGCCGCGGCAGCUGCUACUGGCCAAUCAGCCGCCCACAGCACUGCAACUGCGUCUGCAGCCUCAAAUGUGUCCGCUGCCGGUGGCGUUGAUGUGGCGACGGCAAUUUCGCUGAAGACAUCCGCCGCGGAAGUCACCGGCAUGGUGCCGGGUAGCGCUUUCAAUUUCGGUCCCACACCCGGCACACUCGGUUUAUACGGCGAUCAGGCGGCAGCAGCUGCGGCCAGCAGCUAUCUAGACCAAUUCAGAGACGCAUCAAAUCCAUACUAUAUGCCAACUGCGCCGGCGCCAGCUCAUCGCAAUUCGACUAGUGAUGCUAGUGCUGCGGAGAAAGCGCAAUCAGCACUCAAUUCAGGCGCCACAGCAGCGAGCGUAUAUCCAUUCUUGACAGCGCACACAACACCACGUGCCACACCCUACUCAUUCAUGCAUAAUACGGGCGCCUCACAAUUGGCCGACCCCAAUUCUCAGUUAUAUUCGUCAUAUUUGCGGCGCGAGGACUUUCUCAUGUUCAAUCAAGGUCUAUUGGGACGUGGUGCUGGUGCGGCUGGCUAUGGACAGCCACCGCCGCCAACUGCAUACCGGCCAUCCUCGUUGGGUAUGCCCAAGCCUUAUGACAUCAAUCGUUCGUGGUUUUAGCAGUGUGCCAACAACACCGCCCAAGACGACAUAGCUGGACAGUUGACGAACGCAGCGGCAGCAGCAGCAACAAUGCCAGGCGUAGAAGGCGCAUCCAGCAAUGGCAAUGUAAUGGGCGGACAACAACAACAGCAGCCGCAGUUGGAGCACCAGCAUCAGCAGUUGCAGCCGCAUCAGUUGUGAAGCAUAUUGCCAACGACGCUGGCGUGGCUAAGAUCAGCAACAACCCGCGUGCAUUAUUACGCUACAAAACUAAGUGUUGUUGUUGUGUGUAUGCACAUAUGUGUGUUUAGCACCGUAUGCUUUGCUAACAUGCCAACUAUCAUUACCUUAGGUGCAGCUUUAGUAGUUCUACGACAAGAAUAUAUCAACAUUAAGUCGAUAUGAAUAGUGUAAAGGGAGUGUAAGCUUUGUUGAAGUGUUAACAACUUCGUUUCAUAUAUAUAUAUAUACUACAUUUAUGUCUAACAUAUUGCAAUUAGAUUAGAGCAAAUGCAAAAGCGUUCUAUUAGUUUAGUACAUAUGUUUAUAAUUAAGCACAAAGUCUAUUUAUGCUUUUCUGUAGGUAAGUGUUGACCGGCCGCCCAGUCGUCAACGAAAAUAUUGUUAUACUAUGGUUCCAUUUGGGAUUUGAUAAGUUGGUGAAUUACUAUUGCGUAGUUAAGUUUACUAUUAUGUAAAAUGUUGCUUAUAUUUAAAGUGAAUAGAAAUUCUCGUUUUACGCUAUGCGCUGACUCUAUAAGACAUGUAAGUGUGUGUGAAGCAUUAUAUUAAUGAUUAAUUUUAAACACUCGUAUAAGUAUGCUAUAAGAGCAUAUAUAGCAUAGUCAUUUAAGUUUCAAUACACUGUUGUAACAGUAAGUUUUUAAAUUUGUAUAUAAAUACAUAUGUAAAGUGUAAAGAUAUAUACAUACAGACACAAGAUUUUAUUUAACAAUAUGUAAGUGAAAAAAUUCUACGCAUAUACUAUGUAUUAAGCUAACAGGAGAUUAAGCAAAGCAAAAUAUCACUAUCACUAUCACUACAUAUAUCUUAUGAUUCCUUCAUUAUGCGCUAGUUUCUUCUCAUUCAAUAUUUGUAUAGCUUUAAAUGUAGGCAGGAACUUUGAAAUAAAUGUAACGACUUAUUUCACAAUUUAA